UGGAGAUUUUUCAGCAGCAACUUUACUAACUAUUGAUUAUAGAUAUAUUAGUGAUAUUUAUCUAUAAUCAAUAAUAAUCCAGUAAAAUGUUUCAAUUCUUCAUUACUGCAACAUAUUAGAAACCGGAACCACCGGCUCACAUCUGGAUCCAGAUCCGGUUCUGCUUCAUCAGGUGAAACCUUCCGGUCCAGUCUCUGAUCGCUCCCGGACCAGAACCGGAGCUGCUGGCCCCGCCCCCUGCCUCCUACGUGGACUCACCUGUCGGGGGGGUAGAAGGUGGGUCAGUCUCGGUUCGGCCCGCUCCAGACCGACAUGGCUCUGUGCAGGGGAACCGGACUCUUCUGGAUCCUCCUGGGCCGCCGCAGCUCGUCCGGACCGAACCGGGCCCCGGUCCGGUCUCUGUCCCGGCUGCCCCACCGGGACCUGUUCCGACUCUCAGUCAUCGAACCGGACCGGUUCUGGGGCCCCGCAGCCGCCGACAGGCUCCACGGGGCCGAACCGUUCCAGCGCGUCCAGGACUGCCACCUGAACCGGGCCCGGAUCCGCUGGUUCCUGGGCGUUGGUGUUCGACUACCAAGACGGAGACGUGUUUGGCUGCAUGGCGGACAUCUGCUGGAUCACAGGACAAAGCCACCACUGUCCUGUUUGACAGCACACCUGUGUACCCGGAUCCAGGUGAGCCGGGUCAGCAGCACCAAAACUCCCUGCUUCACCUACACAGCUUCAUCCAGCGGUCCAAUCCCACAUUCCCCACUGGAGGCAUUCUGAGGCUGGAUGGAUGAUCUAUAUGCAGGUUAAUCUUGAACCUCAGACAUAGAGUCCAGACAGUAGCACCAGAAAUCAUCAUUAAAGCGGUUGUGAGAGGCAGGGGGCGGAGCUUAAGCAGGAAGUUUAACAGAGUGU